AUGGCCGCCCCCCCGGGCCGCACUGUCCUUGUCACCGGCUGCUCCUCGGGCAUCGGCCUGGCCGUGGCCGUGCUGCUCGCCAGGGACCCCCAGAGGCGAUACCUGGUCCUGGCCACCAUGCGGGACCUGUCCAGGGGAUUUCUGGGGUCUCUAACGGGAUUUUUGGGGGAUUUUUUGGGGUUUUUGGUCCCCAUGAACAACGCCGGCGUGGGGCUGGUGGGGCCCCUGGAGAGCGCCUCGGGGCCGCAGGUGCAGCGCGUCUUCGACACCAACGUGUUCGGGGUGCUGCGCCUGGCCCGGGCCCUGCUGCCCCAGAUGAAGCGGCGCCGCAGCGGCCACAUCGUGGUGGUCAGCAGCGUCAUGGGGCUGCAGGGGGUCGUGUUCAACGACGUCUACUCGGCCUCCAAGUUCGCGGUGGAGGGGCUGUGCGAGAGCCUGGCCGUGCAGCUGCUGCAGUUCAACGUCUUCGUGUCUCUGGUGGAGCCGGGCCCGGUGAACACGGAAUUCGAGCGCAAGGUUCUGCAGGAGGUGGAAAAAUCCGAAUUUCCCGGCACCGACGCCGAGACCCUGCGCUACUUCCGCGAGGUUUAUCUGCCCGCCAGCCGCGACGUGUUCGACACCUUCGGCCAGAGCCCCGAGGAGGUGGCGCAGGCCAUCGUGUCGGUGAUCGGCGCCCGCCGCCCCCCGUUCCGCACGCCCACCAACCCGCUGUACUCGCCGCUGCUCGCGCUGCGCUUCGCCGACCCCCGCGGGGACCUCGGGGUGCGAACGUUCCAGCGCCUCCUGUUCGACCUGGGGCCCGCCUUCCACCUGAGCCUGGCGCUGCUGCGCUGCCUCACCUGCCGCUGCUGCCGCCGCCGCGUCACCCCCGUCUGA